CAUCUUACCUUGCAAAUAUGUUUGCCAUGUUAUAUUCUUUUCUUCUUUUCUUUGGCGUUUGAAUUCAACACCGGACUUUGUGGCCAUGAAGUUUCUAACCAUAGCCGUGACUGUUCUUUUGUCAGUCUACAAUGCGAACCUGGUGGCUGCUGGUGUGGAAUUGCCGCCCAAAGGCACACCACCGCCAUCAUGUGGGUUAACAUGUAUCACCGAAUUGAUAAUUGCCUCAGAGUGCUCGCUCACCGACAAAACGUGCAUCUGCACCAACGCUCAGUUAAAUAAAGACAUCACCAUUUGCGUUGGCACCAGUUGUUCAAUCAGAGACCAACUCGCAACCAAAAAGUAUUCCAAUGACUACUGCGGUGUUGUACCACAAGAUAGAACCAAGAUCAUUUCUAUCGUUGGAGUCACAUUUGGCGUCCUGGCUCUAAUUACAGUUGGUCUUCGGAUCCUAUCAAAGGUUUUACGUGCUGGGGGGCAGUUCGGCAUAGACGAUUAUACUAUCAUGGUGACCAUGGCCAUCACUAUUCCUUUUUGUGCCUUUUCAGUCCUUCUUGCCAAUCAUGGCCUGGGCAGAGACAUGUGGAACGUCCAUCCUGACGACAUUACAUCCAUUCUUUACAUAUAUUACUGGGACGAGUUGAUGUACGUUGCAAUUGUACCUCUCACGAAGAUCUCCAUCAUUUUUCUAUACCUCCGAAUCUUUCGCGAGAAAAGUUUCCUAUACUUUGCCUAUGCCUUGAUAGCUGCAAACGUGGCCUAUCUCCUCGCAUUUGAAGCAAUCUCUAUUUUCCAAUGCUGGCCUAUUCCGGGAGCAUGGAGAGCGUGGGACGGUACCUAUCCGGCGAAAUGCCGCAACGUCAAUCUACAGGGCUGGAUGUCUGCCACAUUCAGUAUCAUUCUCGAUGUUUUAACUUUGAUAUUGCCGUUGCCGUCGCUCUACAAACUCGACAUGUCGAUGAAGAAGAAGAUUCAGAUCAUGAUGAUGUUUAGCGUCGGAGUCUUCGUCACCAUCGUCAGUGUCGUGCGCAUUCGAGCUUUCACCAAAUAUGCCAAUACGACAAAUCUGACACAGGACUAUGUGGAACUAGGUUAUUGGAGUACGAUUGAGGUUCCAGUUGGCGUGAUAUGCGCCUGCAUGCCUUCGAUCCGAGCAUUGUUCCGCAAUGUCUUCCCCAGCAUUUUCGGGACAACUCAGAAGGGCCAGUCAAGCACAGGAAGGCUAUCAACUACAUUGACGCCACAAAGCAAAAGCAGAUCCGAUUAUGCCAAUUUAUCGAAGCACGAGGGAAGUUCGUCGGUGAUCGGACUCGUACCAGUGGACAAUCGUCAGGAGGACGAAAGGUACAAGAAUUCUGUUUAAGGGGCAAAGGGACGGGGUACCCCUCCACCGAUUGCCAUUCAACUUGUUCGAUUAUGUAUGUAUGAUAGGGAUACGGGGCUUAUCAUUUCUGAUGUAAAUAUUGGCAAGACAUAUGUAUUGAUUGAUUGUGGGACAUAUUACUAGUGGGAGCGGGUGGCCAAAGGGGCUUGUCCCAGUGUAGAGUGGAGUG